AUGGUUAGGUACAUCACAGUUUCUACUUGUAACCUUAAUCAAUGGGCACUUGAUUUUGAAGGUAAUAGAGAUCGUAUCAUACAAAGUAUUCACGAAGCCAAAGCCCAUGGAUCACAAUUGAGAGUGGGACCUGAAUUGGAAAUCACUGGUUAUGGCUGUUUGGACCAUUUUUUAGAAAAUGAUACCUAUCAACAUUCUUGGGAGAUUUAUAGUCAAAUUUUAAGUGACCAAUCAACUCAUGGUUUGAUUUUAGAUAUAGGUAUGCCUAUAAUUCACAAAUCUGUCAAAUAUAACUGUCGAUUGAUCUCAUAUAAUGGGAAAAUUUUAUUGAUAAGACCUAAAUUAUAUCUUGCCAAUGACGGGAAUUAUAGAGAAAUGAGACAUUUCACCCCUUGGAAGAAGCCAAAGUACUAUGAAGAUUUUACCUUACCUUCAGAGAUUCACAAAGUAAGCGGUCAAAAGUCAGUCAGAUUUGGUGAUUGUUUGAUUUCCACUAAUGAAACCAAAUUGGGUGCUGAAACUUGUGAAGAAUUAUUCACCCCUAACUCUCCACACAUUGCCAUGGCACUUGACGGAGCCGAGAUAUUCACCAAUUCUUCAGGUUCACACCAUGAAUUGAGAAAGUUGGACACUAGAAUGGGCCUUAUAAUGGAAGCUACCAAGAAGUGUGGAGGUGUUUAUUUGUAUGCCAAUCAAAGAGGUUGUGACGGUGAUAGGUUAUACUAUGAUGGGUGUGCAAGUAUCAUAAUGAAUGGGGAGAUGUUGGCUCAAGGGUCGCAAUUCAGUCUCAAAGAUGUUGAAGUUAUAACUGCUACUGUUGAUUUAGAUGACGUUACAGCUUAUAGAAAUGUCAAGUCAGCUUCAUAUCAAACUUCCACAGAACCUUAUCAUACCAUCGAGUCAGGUAUCCACUUAUCCCUUGGGUCAGAUAUGGAUCCUCUUGUUGUCCCUACUAAACCGAUAGAUGUCAGAUAUCAUUUACCUGAAGAAGAGAUUGCCUUAGGCCCUGCUUGUUGGUUAUGGGAUUAUUUGCGUAGAUCAAAAACCGCAGGAUUCUUUUUACCUUUAUCAGGGGGUAUUGAUUCGUGUGCUACUGCUACAAUCGUCCAUUCAAUGUGUAGAUUGGUUUUAGAAGCCGUUCAAAGUGGUGACAAGGUGGUAAUCGCUGACGUUCAAGCUCUAGUUCAUGAACCAGGAUUUAUCCCUAAAACCACUCAAGAUAUUGCUGGAAAAAUAUUCUACACCAGUUUCAUGGGUACAGAAAACAGUUCCAAAGAAACUAGAUCAAGAGCUAAAGAAUUGAGUGAAGUCAUUGGUAGUUAUCACGUUGAUUUGAAUAUGGAUAAUUUAGUGAGUGCUGUGGUGACUUUAUUUGAAGUUAGUACAGGUAAGAGACCUAUUUUCAAGAUCUUUGGGGGUUCCCAAACCGAAAAUUUGGCGUUACAAAACAUUCAAGCUAGAUUGAGAAUGGUUUUAGCUUAUUUAUUUGCUCAAUUAUUACCUUGGACUAGAUCUAAAGCUGGUGGAUUAUUAGUAUUAGGUUCAGCUAAUGUUGAUGAAUGUCUUAGGGGAUAUUUGACUAAAUAUGAUUGUUCAAGUGCCGAUAUUAAUCCUAUUGGAGGAAUUUCCAAAACAGAUUUGAAGAAAUUCAUUCAUUGGGCCACUUCUUCCUUCGAUAUGCCAAUCUUAGAUGAUUUUUUGACUGCCACACCUACAGCCGAAUUAGAACCUAUUACUAAAGAUUAUGUUCAAAGUGACGAAAUCGAUAUGGGAAUGACAUACGAUGAAUUGUCAAGAUUCGGAAAAUUGAGAAAGGUUGAUAAAUGUGGUCCAUAUUCGAUGUUUAUUAAAUUGUAUCAUGAAUGGUCUAGACCUCCAUUGAAUCUUACAGCUGAAGAAGUAGCCACUAAAGUUAUGAAAUUUUGGUGGUAUUAUGCCGUAAACCGUCAUAAAAUGACCACCAUGACUCCUUCAUACCACGCCGAACAAUACAGUCCAGAUGACAAUAGAUUUGACUUAAGACCUUUCUUGAUUAAUCCUUCAUUCCAAUACGGUAGAAAGAAAGUUUACGAAUUAGUUGAAAAAAUCAAAGUGAGAGAAGAGGAGAUUAAGAAAGUUACCUUGAGCGUUGAUUAA